CAAUUGUAGAAUUUACAUUAAUGCUAAUCAAGAAUUAAAAGUAAUAUCCAACGCAAUUCGUUGCAGAUGGGAGCUGAACUAUCGCUUCAGAUCCAGAAAGCGUUUGAAACAGUUAUGCCUGAUGUUUACCUAGGUUGGACUAGGCAUGCAAAAACACGCUGCGAAAAAUACUUACAGAAAGAACAUGGCAUUAUGAACUGUGCAAGUCGUCUAAAAUGGAUGUUGAAACCACUGUAGUAUAAAAAACGGCGUGCGUUAAAAGUCAGAGCGGCACAAACACAGAUUAUUGGUUUUCUUCUACCUACAUAACAAAAUGGCCGGGAUCCUUAGAAAGCUUGCUUUACAAAAACGUUCUAUAUUAUCAACCACAGUUCGCUUGUCUCAAAGAAAUGCAUGGAAUAGAACAUGCGUCACCUCAAAAAGAACCUUCAUCGCGUGUAUACCACGAUUGGACAGAAUCAGUGAUGCAGAAGAACAGAUAAAGAUUGGUUCAGAGCAUUUAAAUAAAGGCUCGCUAGAUAUGGCAAUGAACAGCUAUCAUAAAAGUGUGCAGUUGGCACCAUCGGGUACAGGCUACUUCAACAUUGGUGUUUGCUAUUUUCAAAUGGGCAAGCACCACGAUGCUAUCAAAUCUUUUGAACGUUCCUUAGAAUAUACACCAAAUUCACCUGAUGCUCAUACCAACAUUGCUACCAGCUAUCUAAUGCUGAAAGAUACCGAAAACGCUAUCAAACAUUUAGAAAAAGCCUCCAAUUUUGAUCCCCUUGACGGUGAAAUACAGUACAAUUUGGCUUGUGUGUAUGAGGCAGUGGGUCGAUUGAAUGAUGCAAAAACACGAUUUGAGAGAGCUGAAAUGCAGGGUAUUGAGAAGGCUACCGAGGCAUUAGAAAAAUUAAAAAAGAAGUUGUAGCCAGUCUAGUUGUUUGUUUUUUUAUCAUCGUUUUUAUUAACGUGGUGAAUUGUUGCCGAUAUAAACUGAUCUCAAUACUCUACAAUAUUACAAUACAUCAGAAGUUUGCGUUAUUAGCCUAGUCACACAAUACAUUGAAACAAAAUAUAUGCCACAAAAUUAUACCUUGCA